AUGGAUCCGGCACUGAGAGGUGUACAGUACCCUAAUGGGGCUGAUAUGGUGGCUCGCUUCAUGCAGCACAAAGCUCCCGAGUAUCAUCCUGCAUGGCAGAAUUCCAUCGCUAAGGCCAAUCUUGCGCCGCCCGCCCCCAUCACACGUCGGAAUUUCUCGCAAACUGCCGCGCAGCUCACAGAGCGCUUCAAAGCCAAGAUAGAAGGCUUAUCCCAGCGCUCUUCCAACAAACAAGUCAAGAAAGUUCUCGAAAAACAUAGCAUAUACGGCAAAACGACGUGGCAGGACGUUCAGAAAGAGGCAGAAGAGGCACUGAACGCGUACCGUUUCCGGGGAGAGAGGAAUCUCUUUGUAAAGGCGGGAAGAAGCACGGGCAAAAAAGCCCCUGCAUUACAGUCAUGGCUGGAGCUCCUACCCAGCGAUCAGUACUGCUCUAUCGCCCGAGGUGCGCUCGCACUCUUCUUCGGGGCGGCGACUGCCAUUGCGAAGACUUUCAAGCAAGUCCAGGAGACGAUAGAAACGCUCACCGACACGGUUGACAAUGUGGCCCAAUGCCUGCGCCUGUAUAAUGACGAUGAUCUGAGCCGCAAAGCCGAAGAGCUAUACAUUGCAGUGCUGGAAGGAACGGAAGAGAUGUUGUCUUGGUUGGAUAGCAACGGAUUCAAGGAAGCCGUGAAAGCGACUUUUCAGCAAAACUGCUACAACAGCAGAGUUGAAGAAAAAAUCAGUGCCAUCCAGGCGCGAGCGGAGGAUUUCGCGCACAAGCUGACUGUGUUACUGCAUGAGAGAAUUGCACGGAUAGAAAUGCAGCAGUGUGAGAGUUGGCAGUCCGUCCGAGCACUGGAAUCGCUCCUGAGGGCAAAGCUUCAGACGGCCAGCUACUUCAAUGCAACGUCGGUGGUCAACGUCACACAGUACAUCGAAGCGCCACCCAUGAUACAGCAGUCCCAAACAAUCUCUGGAGAUGAGGUUCUCGAUCUCUUCGGUGUGGACCUGGCCACGACCCCGCAAGACCUGGCCUGGGCUGCCAACUCUGGAUACGAGCCGGCCGUGGGCGAUCAACACCGGGCCAUGCAUCUACUGCAGCAUCCUCGAUUCGAGCACUGGCUUGUUUCCGAGGACUCGGAUCUUCUUGUCGUCGACGACAUGGAGCGCGAAAGAACACGGAAUCCAGACCGCCCUUCACCAGUGACCUACUUGGCAGCAAAACUGGUGCGGACGGUAGCAUCGCUUGGACUGGGCCUCCCAUUAGUAUUCUUCUGUGGUCUCCAUAGCACUGAAGGUGAUCCGUUGGAGGGUGGGGCGGGGAUGAUGAAAAACAUCAACAGCCAGUUCUUGGAGCAGUUCCGCGGAUACGACGCGUCCUUCGUGGAGCCCGAGCUUCUUGAACAGAUACAUGAAUCAAGUCCGCAGGUCCAGUGGAAGCUGUUUCAGACGCUGAUGGAGAACAUCCGACCAUUGGUGGUGUUUUGUGUAAUCGACAGCCUGUCUGAGUUCGACAACGGGAGACACGGGGCUGAUAUCCCAGGACUCAUGGGAGCAUUCCAGGACAUGGUAGAGUCCUUGAAUGGUGCAGGCCCAGGAGGCCGGUCUGGCCGACCGAUUCUCAAGGUCCUAGUCACCAUGCCGGAAAUGAGCGCAAGUUCAGCCAUGUGGUUCGCAGACGAGCCCCUCUCUGUGCCGGAGUCUACGCCUGACAUGAUUGAGGGUAUCGGCGAUGACUACCUCACGGGCUCGGUCCAGGAUAUCUACGGCGAGCAUGGGGCAGACAGAUACGGAGGCUGGCUGAACGGAGUGCAGGGAGCUGGAGGCCGGUGA